AUGGCUUCUUCAGGAUUUUCUCCAGCAGCCCCACUAGCCUUCAAUGGGGAAAAUUUUCACAUUUUGGUGGUUAAAAUGAGGACUUACCUGCAGGCCUUUGAUCUGUGGGAAGUUGUUAAUAUCGAUGCUGAGCCAGCACCACUGAGGGCCAAUCCCACAGUGGCUCAAAUCAGACAACAUGCUGAUGAGAGGACCAAGAGGCACAAAGCCAUGUUCUGCAUUCAAAAUUGUGUUUCAAAUGUCAUUUUCACCAGAAUCAUGGCUUGUGAGACACCAAAACAAGCCUGGGACAAGCUCAAGGAGGAGUUUCAAGGCACUGAGAGGACAAGGCAACAUCAGCUAUUGAAUUUAAGAAGAGACUUUGAGAACUUAAAGAUGAAAGAAGAAGAAACUGUGAAGCAGUAUGCAUAUAUGAUUAUGGCAGUGGUUAACAGUAUAAGGCUCCUUGGUGAGCAGUUUGAUGAAGCAAGGAUAGUGGAGAAAGUCCUCUCUACCUUACCUGAAAGUUAUGAGGUAAAGAUAUCCUCUUUAGAGGUAUCAAGAGAUCUAGCUAGCAUCUCUUUGACUGAGCUAAUUAACACCUUCUAUGCUCAGGAGCAAAGAAGAGCUAGCAGAGUUCAAGACCACCAAGAAGGUGCCUUUCAAGCCAAAGCCAAAAAGACCUCGAGCACCAAGGCCAUCAAAGGCAAAAAGUUUUGGAAAAAUAGGCCUAAGCUUGAUGCUGCAAGUGACCAACCAUGCAGGAGAGAGCAUGUAGAAAGGGUGUGCAAAAGUAAAGGCAGACCUAAGCAGAUUCACUCACAACAGAAAAAUGAAGAGGUUCGAGUGGCUGAAGACAACAGUGACCAUGAAGAGCAAGUCUUUGCUGUGUCUUGCUUUGCUAGUGAGAAUAAGUGUUCAAAAGGUUGGCUAUUGGACAGUGGUUGCACUAACCACAUGUCACCAGAUGCAUCAUUGUUAAAAACUCUUGAUAAAAGCUGCAAAACCAAAGUUAAAAUUGGAAAUGGUGAGUUUAUAAAGGCUGAAGGAAAAGGGGAUGUGUUCAUAUGCACUCCCACAGGUGCCAAAGUCAUCUCAAAUGUGCUAUUGGUGCCUAAGAUUGAUAGGAACCUUCUCAGCAUUGCCCAACUGCUAAAGAAAGGUUAUUCAGUGGUGUUCAAGGGAAAUGAGUGCCAGAUUGUUGAUCCAAGUGGAUGA